CAUUCAUCACUAUUGAGAGUUGUGACUUGAAAGUGUUAGACGUGUCGUGAGUUGUGGCAUAUGACGUACAUUGUGGGAAAUGUUUGGUUUUGUGCUGCUUCCUUAAUCAAGAGAUGACUCUUAGCUGUGAUACUUGCUUGGCAGUGUUCAAAUUACGAAACAAGUUAAUCAGUAAUCAUAAUGAGUUUUGAGUGUACUAUCUGCACUCGAGCUGUUGGAGGAGCGGAGCUGACCCACUAACUGACAUAGUCGCAUCUAAAUGACAUAUUCACUGAAUCUUAACAAAAGGCAUGGAAAAUCAAGGACGCGCUCAGUCCCGCCAUCUGAAUCAAAGCAAAGAAAUGGAAAUGCAAACGACGAUCGAUACAAAUUUGGUAAUAGCUGCCUACACUGGCCACGUAUGGAUGGUCCAAGUACAGUUGGAGAAUGGUGCCAACCCCUUAGCUGAAAGAUACGGGAAGACUGCUCUUUCCUACGCUGCAGGCAUGGGGAACCAGGAGUGUGUGAAAGUCCUUCUACAAGUCACUCCGCCUAACUCAGUGACAGAGAGUCCAGUACUUCACGCCAGCCGAGGAGGCCACAAAGAGGUCAUGAAGAUGUUGGUUGAGGCUGGUUGGUCACUCAACUGCAGUGAUAGUGCAGGCUUCACCUCGCUGCACUAUGCUGUUAUGGGUGGGAAUGUGGAGGUUACUGAAUACCUGCUGCAACAAGGUGUUAGUCCCCUACAAGAGAAUCUUGAAGGAUUGCUUCCUCUAGAUGUUGCCACAAAUUUGAAACAACAUGGAGUGAAAACGCUCUUGACCAAGAAGGGGUACCAAAACGGACCAACAAGGAAACUCACGCUAGCUGUGUGGGAGGGGGACGAGGCACGAGUAGAAGCUGCGAUAUGUGAUGGUGGCAAUCCCCUUGUCGAGGUGAUCAGUGAAGGAAAUAAACCAGGGUGUCUAGUGGCCAUGGCUGCAUUCCGGGGUCACUACCAUUUGCUGCCAAGGCUACUGGAAGCGGGCCUUAGCCCAGAAGGCAAAGAGAAAUUCCCCAUCACCCCCCUGAGUCUGGCAGCUGCUGUGGGCCACUUGAAGAUGGUGUAUACAUUGAUCAUUCUCGGUGCCGACCCCUUGGCGACUGGCAGCGAAGGAAAUACGGCCCUCGAUAUUGCAGCAAUGUGUGGACAGCUACAAUGUGUGGCCGCGCUCCUUCCCAAAGUCCCAACCAAUUUUGUCAGUUGGACGGGUAUCACACCGGUGCACGGUGCAAGCUUACACGGUCACAAGAUGAUAGUGGAGAUCCUGGAGUAUGCGGGCUGGGACCUCAAUGUCAAGGAUCUAAAUGGCCAUACACCACUCCACUGGGCAGUGAAAGGCGGACAUGUGGAGGUAACCAAGUAUUUAAUGGGUAAGGGCCUUGACCCCCUCCAAGAGGACCGUGAGGGAAACACGGCGAUGGAUAUCGCCAUGAUAUUUGGAUGCCACGCUGUUGAGGCGUUUCUCAAGAAGAAACGGAUUAAGAUUGUAAGCGAUGAGUCUAAACGUCUCUUUCAUGUGAAAAUCGAGCGAAGCCAUCAAAAACAGGAUCACCUUAAUACUGUAUCAUGGAUGGUGGAUGGCAACAAGGCUAUAAUGAACAACAUCCCUAAUAACCACGAAGGACACGCAAUGAAUGAAGCUGGUCUGACACCCCUCCACGAGGCAGCGAAGCUUGGAGUGUUCCCCGAGAUGAUAGAGAAGGCUUUGCAACGUGGCAUGAAUCCUCAUGUGAUUACUCCUGAGAACAUAACUCCAGCUGAUCUUGCACGAGAUAAUGGUCACAAUGAGGUGUUGGAAACCUUGCAGGAGCACCAGUGUGAGCAGGAUAAUUCGUCCCCUGAACAACUGUAUGAAAGUCUUCUCUCAACAAUCAGUAUAGGGGACGAUGUUCAACUAGUUUCCCGCCUCAUAUGUAAAGGCACACCCACGGAGCCGCUAGGCAGCCAAUCCCUGUCUGCACUUCAGUUAGCUGUUACAACAAACCGUGUUCGGAUUGUAAACUUGCUGCUGGCUAAAGGCGCGAUGCUUUCCGCUGGACUGCUGCAGGUGGCGUGGCAGAACCCAGACACAAGUACCAGGAUUUUAGCUGCUCUCAUCAAUGCCUACUGCUGCCGGCUGCUUGCGGAACGCCGUCGUUUGGAGCACACUGGUCGUGCCCUUGUUGAAGGCAUUGACCAUCUCCUUAAUAUGAUUAAAGGAGAUACCCCAUGGGAGGCUGAUUGGCCUAAUAAUAGCAGCCACGCAGCCUUAAGUCGCCUUUUGACUGAGGCCUCGCGUGCCAACUGCCCAGUGACAGCAGCCUUCCUGCACAAGGCAGGCGCAUGGGCAUUUUUCACUGGGGAUGAAAAACAUCCACACACCAAGGUUACAACUGCGUUACACGCCGCGCUGGAAGCCAACCACUACAGCAUGGCAGAAGUGCUCAUUAGAGACCUCAGAGCUUGCCCAUACGUGCCAGAUGGUAAAGGUCGUCUACCAUGCAACCUUAUGACUAUGGAACAGAGGCAGAAAGUACACCAGAUGUUGUUUGAUAAAGAGCGCUCGAGGCUGCAGGACCUAGAGUUUCGUCAGAAGGACACUCACGAAAAGUUGGCCACACGGGAAGCCUUGAGUGUACAAGAAGUGCUCUUCCAGUGUUAUAUACAUGGCAGGCGUGAAGACAUUUCCCGCCGCCUGAUAGCAAUACGGCCAUUAGGACGCACCUCUCUGUUGCUGGCAGCACGAAAGGGUCUGCUUCAGCUCACAUACCUACUGCUACGGGUGGGCCGCCUGCCUGUGGAUGCGGUGCUCGAUGACAUUUGCUGUACCACAGCCCUUCACGAAGCAGCCUCACAUGGCCAGGAGUGCUGUGUGGAGCUGUUGCUGUGUGUCGGGGCAGACCUGCUGCGGUGCGACGCCUAUGGUCAGACGCCCCACCUUCUGGCCUCUAUGUUUGGUUACACAAGUACCUAUUAUCUGCUAAUGCAACACCAUCUGCAGGACUUGCCGUGCCGUGCGGGAACCACUGCUGCUGAAGUUAAGAACAAUUUCGAUACGUAUCUCCACAUGUAUGAGAAGUGUGGCCAUGUAUCACUGUCUCCAAUUGACCGUCACGAUUCUGAACGAGUUAUGCGCAAGAUCCUCAAAUCCAUAAGCCUAGUUCAGUUACAGUCGGAAACUCAAAAGCUGAUAGUUGACUUCACAAGAGGAGAGGCACUCGAAGUGAGAGAGGUGGUAAUGACAGAAUUAGAAGCUAUCAUGGCGAAAGUAUCAGAAGCAGAUCCCACUUACAGUGGUAAGUUAAAGAUGGUGGGCAGCUCUCAUGAUGGCUCUAAAUUAUACGCCCCUGAUGAGUUUGACGUGAACAUAGUGAUCAGGAAGGACAAUGUAAGGAUAAAUGUUAGUAAGAGAAAAGAGAAGGAUGCACACCUGAAAGGUACGAAAGAGAUUUCAGUAGAUGCUGACCAGCCACAACUUCAAGGAAACAAAUUAAUGAAUAAUUUGUACGAGGAGGUGCAAAUGUGCCUUACUGAUCAUCUUUUGAAGGACGCGAGACUUAGCUUCGUUCCACCAGGCCUGACUAGUACGCAGGUGGGUGUGGCCUUUACUCUUGCCUGGCAGGGAAAGGAGUAUCCUUUGUUGCUUGUCGGCGUGGACUUGGUGCCAGUGUUAGAGGUGCCAUGGCAAGAGGAAAUCGCUAGACCACGUCUUACUCCAGACAGUACAAAGACCAUACAGCUUAGUAACGCUGCUGAUGGCUCUUGGCGUUGUAGCUUUGCCGAAACUGAAGCAGAGUUACUGAAACAGUUGAAACCAGUAGAGCGGUUGCCACAACUAAUGGGCAAGUUUCUACUGUCUUCCUUGAAGGCUGAACCUUGGAUGCCCCAACACAAAAAAACAUUCUGUACUUGGUUUGCUGCGCGGGACUGGAACAUUGUGGUGCCAAGUGGAUUCUGCUUUAAGAACGCAUUUCUGUUUUGGUUACAAGAUAGUAGAACUGACCAGGAAGAAGGGAAUCCAGGCAAGAAUUUAGUGGCCGUAUUAAAGAAAAUGUGUGCCAUCACUCCUGCAGACCCCAAGGAAGUCUUUUGGUCACGGAAGAUUUAUGCUUACUUUGGAGGAGAGUGUGAGGGACCCAAACCAGGGAACGGAGCUCCCCUAAUUGUACGCUGUCUCGAGGAGAACUUAAAUGAUUCGUGUCUUGACGCACUUAGCUAAAAAAAGUUAUUAAAUAUAUUGCGUCAUAAUAUACUUCAAGCUUACUGUUUAAGUCUUUAAACUGUUUUCUUUCUUUGCUAAAUUUGGCUCCGUAUUCAUAUUUUUGAAAAGUCAACAAAGAAACAAGAAAAAAAAGAACACCAAAUUAUCAAUAGAAGAUUAAAAAUUUAAUGUAAUAUGAACUAUUUUAGCUUAAACAACACAUACUGGUGUUACUUUGACUUGGAAAAAAAUAAAAAAUAAAAAGAUAAAUAAUAAAA